AGUCGACGUAUUUUGUUCCAGCCACCAUGAAGCACUGGAGACAACGCUCUUUCUCCGUUUUGGCCAUCGUCCUGGAAGUUUUGGCACUCCUAUUGCCCGAUCCUGGAACAGCCAUGACGAUGGACCAGUUCUUAUCCUCGCUAGACAUGAUUCGGAGUGGCUGUGCGCCAAAGUUUAAACUCAAUAUAGAAGAUCUCGAUAGGCUUCGAGUGGGGGAUUUUAGUUUUCCGCCAUCGCAGGAUCUCAUGUGCUAUACAAAGUGUGUGUCCUUAAUGGCGGGCACCGUUAAUAAAAAGGGAGAGUUCAACGCUGCAAAGGCCCUGGCGUCGCUUCCGCAUCUGGUACCAACGGAAAUGAUGGAGGCUUCUAAGAGAUCCGUUGAGGCUUGCAGGGAUGCGCAUAAAGCUUUCAAGGAAUCGUGCGAAAGGGUCUUCCAAACAGCCAAGUGCUUGGCUGAAAACGGCGAAGGAAAGUUUAUGUGGCCUUAGAACAAUUGGAUCAAUACAAGUACCAUUCAGGAAAUCUUAAAAAAAAUACAUCCGUUGUUUGUAUAUUUAUGUUUAAAAAAUCAAACAUAAUGAAAGAAAAACGUAUAAUUCAAAAAUUAAUUAAAUUAGUUUUGGGCAAUUGAAAAGUUUUGAUUAACAUAAUGGCUUCGUAUUUAUAUCCAUAGACUUUUAAGAUCCUUUACAACAUCGAAAUGAAAUUGCACCCCUUUUUGAUUUCAAACAUUGUUACACUUUAUUGCUGAUAUUGUUAACUAAAUACAACAGUUUUAUAUUCGCAUUAUGCA